AUGGGUUUCUCCAAAAAGGAUGCCUAUAACUACAUCGAGAAGACCAAGCGGGAGAAGAUUGUUGAUGGAGACGCUAACGUCACAAUAAUUUAUUUAGAGGGAAAAGCAGUGUCGGAUCCGAUGUGCAUGGCUAGGUACAAUUUGACGGACAUCAAUAUGUUAGCGAACUUGUUUUGGGCUGAUGAUGGGAGCCGGGUUGAUUACCAACACUUUGGUGAUAUGCUUUCCUUCGAUUCAACUUACAAGAAAAACAAAUAUAGGAGACCUUUGGUAAUCUUUUCUGGUUCAAACAAUCAUAAGCAAACAACCAUAUUUGGGUUUGGUUUGGUGUUGGAUGAAAGCAUUGGGUCAUACACGUGGUUGCUUGAAAAUUUGUUGGAGGUAAUGUGCAACAAAAAGCCAUCGGUGAUUGUGACAAACGGGUGUGACUUAAUGAGGGCAGCAAUCAAUGCGGUGUUUCUGGAGGCCACACAUAGACUGUGUGCUUGGCAUGUGGAGAAGAACGUGACUUCGAAUGUGAAAGAUGAAGGCUUAAGACAACAUUUCACCAGGUGGCUGUACUCGAAUAUGGAGAUAGAAGAGUUUGAGGCAGAGUGGGAUGCAUCUGUUGUUGAAUACCGACUUCAUGAUAAGUCCCACCUCAAGUCCAUUCACAGUAACCCAGUGAUCACGACUUGCUUGGACCCACUCGAGCGAUUUGCUGCCGCUGUUUACACACGAGAGUUAUUCUUGGACGUGAAGAGGGUAAUUGAUGGUGUCGGUGCGGUUAACUUUGUCAGAAAAGUUCGCCGAUCCACGACAGUGGUGUACACGUUGAAGACUACGGCAUUCCAGCAUGAGCAUGCGAGAGAAAUUCCAUCAAGGUUGGUGCUGAAGAGGUGGCAUAAGGAUGCUAAAUCAUUGGAUAACUAUGGUGAAGGAAGAGCUGAUGAGUGCAGUGAGAGGGGAUUUCUAUUACGUCAGGAUACAUUGCACUCUGCAUCGCAAUGGUUUUCGUUCAUAGCUGCACAGGGCCCGGGUUUGUUUAACACAGCGAUGAGUGGCAUACGAGCUUUAUGUGAACAAAUCGAGGUUGCAUACGAUCAGAAGGUUCCGUCAGCAGAGGGAAGAGAUACUCCCAGUGUGAAGGAUCCCAUGGUGGUUAAGACCAAAGGGGCUCCUCGGAUUACAAAAAUGAAUGGUAGGAAGAGGCGUUAUAGCAUGUGUCAGAAAGCCGGACACACGAAGCGACACUGCACUGAAAAGCGGGGAGUGAAUAUGCAGGCAAACCCACAGGUGGAUGAGAAGGCAGCAGAGUUUGGGUCGGAAGGUUCCUCACCAACAGAAAAUGCAAAGAUGAUGCAUGACAUAAUAAGGGUUAUCGAGAGGCUAGCAAGUAAUCCGAGACAAGUUUGA